UCUUUUCCCCUCCCCCUCCCCAUUCCCCUCGCCUUCCUUCCCCUCCCUCUCCCAGAGCCAGCGCCAGCCAGACCCCCACCACCCACCGGUCGCCGCGCCCCGGCCCCGGCCCCGGCCUGCCUGCUCGGUCCAGCGGCGAGGGGGGCCUCCCCGUCGUCCCGGCGCCGCGUCGGCACCUGCUCCCCCUGCGCGUCCUUCUCCCCCGAUCGGGCCACCUCCGGAUCGCCGGAACCCCGCGGCUCCCGUCCCGGCCUCGAUCGAUUGGCGGCGGCGGAGCGGAGGGCGUGUCCUGGGAGAGCCAAAGGUAACCAAUCGCCAGGCUUCCAGGGUGCUGUGUUGGGGAGCAGGGAGAGGAGUGGAGUGAUUGUGGAAACUAGGAUUCUUGUUGUCGAGUGAUGGCGCAAGGCGCCAAUUUCCCUGGCUUCAUUGGCGCCGUGGGUGGCCAUGAUGGUGGUGUGAACUUUGGCGGGGGCUUCUGCGACAUGGCCUUCUACCAGAAGCUGGGGGAGGGCUCCAACAUGUCUGUCGACAGCCUCAACAGCUUGCAGACCAGUAUGCACGGCGGCUCCAUCGCCAUGUCCGUGGACAACAGCAGCGUGGGAUCUAACAGUGACUCCCGUACUGGGAUGCUAGGCCAUCCUGGUCUCAAGGGGCCUGUUGUUGUGGGAAGCUAUUCGGUCGGGAACAGCAUCUUCCGUCCAGGGAGGGUGUCGCAUGCCUUGAGUGAGGAUGCGCUGGCGCAGGCUCUCAUGGACAAUCGAUUCCCCACUGAGACACUCCAGAAUUAUGAGGAGUGGACUAUUGAUCUGGGGAAGCUGCACCUGGGGAUGCCCUUUGCCCAGGGUGCCUUUGGUAAGCUUUACAGGGGAACUUACAACGGUAUGGAUGUUGCCAUAAAGCUUUUGGAGCGACCAGAGGCAGACCCUGAGAAAGCUCAAUUGCUUGAGCAACAAUUUGUCCAGGAGGUCAUGAUGCUUUCUACAUUGAGGCACCCCAAUAUUGUGAAGUUCAUUGGUGCUUGUAGGAAGCCAAUGGUGUGGUGCAUAGUCACUGAAUAUGCGAAGGGUGGAUCGCUCAAGAAUUUCUUGAGCAGAAGGCAGAACAGGUCUGUUCCGCUGAAGUUAGCAGUAAAGCAGGCACUAGAUGUUGCACGUGGCAUGGCCUAUGUCCACGGCCUUGGUUUUAUUCACAGAGAUCUUAAGUCAGAUAACCUCCUGAUUUCUGGUGAUAAGUCCAUUAAGAUUGCUGACUUUGGAGUGGCUAGGAUUGAAGUGAAGACUGAGGGGAUGACACCGGAAACAGGAACAUAUCGUUGGAUGGCUCCGGAGAUGAUCCAGCAUAGACCAUACAACCAGAAAGUCGAUGUCUACAGCUUUGGCAUUGUCCUGUGGGAGCUUGUAACUGGGAGCGUUCCCUUUGCAAACAUGACUGCAGUGCAAGCUGCAUUUGCUGUGGUGAACAAGGGUGUCCGUCCAACCAUACCCCAUGACUGCCUCCCCGCCCUAGGGGAGAUCAUGACCAGGUGCUGGGAUGCAAACCCUGAUGUUCGCCCCCCAUUCACUGAGAUUGUCAUGAUGCUGGAGCAGGUGGAGUCGGAGGUCCUGACCACUGUCCGUAGGGCCCGCUUCCGCUGCUGCAUCGCCCAACCAAUGACUCUGGACUGAGUCAUCCAGAAUCCAGGGAAAAAGAACCUGGGGAGAGGUUUAGUCCUGUGUAUUUAUCGUAUUAAUAGACUGGUGCUUCGGAAGCAGAAAGCCGACUCUUGACCCUCUUGAGUGUGCCUUCGUCCUUGACAUGGUUAUCGUAGAUUACACCUAGUUUCUGUCAUCAGAGUGGUUGUAAUAGAGGUAGCUUUAUCCUUGACAUCAUACCCUUCCUGUUGUAACAAGUGCAUGUUCCUGCUGCGCGCGCUGUUUGUGUGUUUAUCAUCAUGCGGCUACAUGCGGAAGCUCUGAUGCUUCAUGGUAUAUAUGAUAUUAAUAUGUAUAAUUAGGGUGUGUUUGGUUGAGCUGUGGUUUUUGAAAAAAAAUAGAUGUGAGCUGCGGGCUAUGGAAAAGCUGCUGUAGGUUGUGGGUUGUGAGAAAGCUGAAAGUUGUGUGGCUUUUC